AUGGUGGGACUGCCCCAGCCCACAGACCUUGAGCUGCCUCUCCCUUUCUCCCCUGCAGUGAGCUGCUAUUUCCACGGCCGGUGGUACGCAGACGGGGCUGUGUUCAGUGGGGGUGGUGACGAGUGCACCACCUGUGUCUGCCAGAAUGGGGAGGUAGAAUGUUCCUUCACACCAUGUCCAGACCUGGACUGCCCCCGAGAGGACUGGUGGCUGGGCCCUGGACAGUGCUGUUUCGCCUGCCGGGAGCCCACACCCAUGACAGGCUGCUCUCUGGACGACAACGGGGUUGAGUUUCCGAUCGGACAGAUCUGGUCUCCCGGUGACCCCUGUGAGUUAUGCAUCUGCCAGGCAGAUGGCUCAGUGAGCUGCAAGAGGACAGACUGCGUAGACUCCUGCCCUCACCCAAUUCGGAUCCCUGGACAGUGCUGCCCGGACUGUUCUGCAGGCUGUACCUACACAGGCAGAAUCUUCUACAACAACCAGACCUUCCCGUCCGUGCUGGACCCGUGUCUGAGCUGCAUCUGCCUGCUGGGCUCCGUGGCCUGCUCCCCUGUGGACUGCCCCAUCACCUGCACCUACCCUUUCCACCCUGAUGGGGAGUGCUGCCCGGUGUGCAGAGAUUGCAACUACGAGGGAAGGAAGGUGGUGAACGGCCAGGUGUUCACCUUGGACGAUGAGCCCUGUACCCAGUGCACAUGCCAGCUGGGAGAGGUGAGCUGUGAGAAGGUCCCCUGCCCUCGGGCCUGCUCCGACCCCUCUGGGCCCCCCGGGGACUGCUGUCCCUCCUGCCCAGAUGGCCCAGAGAGGAAGGCGGUGGAGGUCGGCAAAGCAGCUCGGAGUGCCCGUGGAGAUGCUGAGGCCCCGGUGAACUGUAGUUCCUGCCCAGGCCCCCCAGCAGUGCUGCCUCAGAAGUCGGUGCUCCACGUCCUCCAGCUCCAUCUCAGAAUGAACCUGUCUAACGCACAGACUUUACCCACGAGCCCCUCAGGAGCCCAGGCCUCACCCUCACCCCCUUUGGGGCCUGGGGGCACAUUCCCAGGGGAGCCUGGGGCCUCCCAGCCCUCACCAGGGCCUUCGAUCCCUCCAGGAGCCUCCACUCUACCUCCAGCCCCGCCUGGGGCUCCUAGGCUUCCUCCUGUUACUCCAGAGCCUUCAGCCUCAGCCUCUGGGGCCCAGACAGUGACCAGAAGGCCUUCUUUGUCUGCCAUUGUCCUGACUGAAGCUUCAGCCCAUUCCACGAUGGCCCCCAGCCCCUCAGAGACCGCCGCCACCCUCCUCAGGCCUCGCAGACUCUCUCCCGCCACCUCCAGACUCUCUGCAGCCCUCGCAGCCACGGCCAGCUCCAGCCCCCAGCGACCCGCCACGGGGACCUCACGGGAGGACGAGUCCACCGGGUAAGCAGGCCUCCAGGUCAGGGCCGUGCCUGGGACACGCCAGACAGAGAAAACGGCCAGCAGCCCUGGGCGCUGGCGGGGAGGCUCUGGGGCCAAUGAGGCCAGUGACACCCGACGCUCACUUCUGCAAGGCUCCUGGAGGGAUGGAAAGUCCCCAGGGCCCCACGCAGCCUUGUCCCCAAGAAGCAUUUGGAACGUGCUGUGAGAGCAGGUAAUCGGCACUCUCCAUGGUCAGUAUCCUCCUUGGACACCACGGCCGGCCUGUCUUUUGAGGAAGGUCGGGCUGCUGAGCUCCCCGCUCUGGAGGAGAAGAGUCGGAGAGGGCCUGGGAUUCCCCUGGGACUGUGCCACCAGCCAUCCUGCCUCCCUCCCUGAGGUUUCCUGAUUAAAGGCUGUCUCAGUCUCCCCCAGA